AUCAGGAACCUGGUAGGCGGGACGUCGUCCUGCAGAACGAUCUACUCAAAAUUCAACCGUUGUGAUAGUGUUCACGAAUCCACUCCACAAACUGUUUGAUAGUUUGAUGGAAACCCAAACGCACACUAGUUGAGGCGUUUUAAGUGUUCUGCUAGCCUGAGAAAAGGAUAUGGUUCCACACGAUUAAGUAAAGGAAAGCGCUUAAGUUAGGUUAGCUAAGCUAACUACCUAGCUUGAAGCAUGCCGAAUUUUUGCGCGGCCCCAAACUGUACACGGAAGAGCACACAGUCAGAUUUGGCAUUUUUUCGUUUUCCACGGGACCCAGAAAGAUGCCGAAUCUGGGUAGAGAACUGCCGCAGAGCAGAUUUAGAGGCAAAAACGUCAGACCAGCUGAACAAGCACUACAGAUUAUGUGCCAAACACUUCGACCCUGCGAUGGUGUGCAAAACCAGCCCCUACAGGACUGUAUUGAAGGACACAGCCAUUCCAACCAUAUUUGAUCUGACAAGCCAUCUAAAGAAUCCUCAUACCAGACAUCGCAAGCGAAUAAAAGAACUUACUGAAGAAGAUUUAAGGAAGAUUAAAGAAAGGAGAUUGGCAUCUUCUAUUGAGCAGCUUGCUUCCAAAAAAGAUGGAGCUGUUGAGGACAGCUCAAGCACCAAUGAGGAUGAACCUCAACUCUCCACAGAGGAGAAGGAGUUUCGUGACCACCUGCGGUCCUUGUUUGAGGUUGUGGUUAUGUUAGGAAAACAAAGCAUCCCAAUAGUAGCUUGCAAGGUAUCUGAAGCCGGACACAUGUCCAGCAACCUCCAGGCCCUUGUAGAUUACCGCAUGAACGCUGGAGAUGAAGCUCUGAAGAAGCGAUUUCAGGCAACAGCUGUGAACACUGAAUACCUCUCUGCAACCCAGCAGAGCCAGCUGUUGGACGUCUGUGAAAACACAGUGAGAGAGGAGAUGCUGAUGGAGGUGAGAGAGAGCCGCUUCUUCUCCUUGGUGACGGGUGACCUUGUGGACUUUGCCAACGAGAAACACCUGCCUCUGUUUCUACGCUACGUGAACCAGCAAAAUGUCCUUCGUGAGGAGUUUUUGGACUUUAUGUCAUUUGAUGGUGAUGAGAAUGCACUGGUAGAGAGGCUGGAGGCCCAGCUGACUGACCGCUGGGGGCUCAGCAUGGAGGAAUGCCGAGGUCAGGCCCACAAGGCUACCGGGACCUCCACCACCAAGAUGAAAGCUGUGGCAGUAUUACUGAUGCAGAAGUAUCCCCUGGCGUUGCACAUGCCUUGUUCUCAUAUGGCGCUGAACAUCCACCUGGCCAACAGUCUGCCUUUUCCUAACGUCCAGGUGGUCAUGGAGACUCUGAGGAGGGUCAAAGUUUUCCUUAGCACCCCGUUUGCCCAGGAAGAGCUUGAGAAAGCCAUCUCUACUCACUACCAAAAACAUGAAGAGAAAGGAAAUACAUUAAAACUAGCCUGUGGAUCAGAAUGGACAGAGAAGCACAGUGUCUUUGAUGUGCUGCUAGACAUGUUGCCCCCCCUGCUGCUGUGCAUGGACAGCAUUCGUGACAAUGAUGAUGGAACAUUUUCUGAUGCUGUCACAGCAGACGCAUAUUCAAUCACAGAAACCCUGUCUGACUUUGAAAUCAUCGUCACCAUCAUCAUCUUAAAGAAUGUUCUCACAUUCACCAGAGCCUUCGGGAGGAAUCUCCAAGGGGAAACACUUGAUGUGUUUUUUGCUGCAAACAGUCUCACUGCAGUGCUGCAUUCACUAAACGAGGUCAAUGAUAACAUUGAUGUCUACCACGAGUUCUGGUACGAGGAGGCUGUGAGUGUGGCCAAUGUAAUGGAGAUUCCUGUGAAUGUGCCGAGGCUGUUUCUUAGGAAACAGCGUGCAGCUGAUGCGGGGGAAGUCCAUGCAGAAGUGUAUUUUAAGGAGUAUGUGACCGUCCCCGUUAUCCAUGGCGUCAUGCAGGAGUUGGAGGACAUGUUCUCCGAGACCAACCUCAAAGCUCUGAAAUGCCUGUCACUGGUCCCAGCCGUCAUGGGCCAGAUGAAGUUCAACACAACAGAGGAGAACUACGCAGAAGUUUACCGCACCGACCUCCCCAGCCCAGACACACUUCCUGCGGAGCUUCACUGCUGGAGGAUCAAGUGGAAGCACAGGGGCAAAGAGGUGCGCUUGCCCACCACCAUCCAUGAAACCCUUCAGCUGCCAGAUGUCAAGUUCUUCCCCAACGUAAACUCCUUCCUCAAGGUGCUUUCUGCCCUGCCAGCUUUGAAACUAGAGGACAAUAAAAGUGACACAGCGAGUGAUCGUCUGCAGGUUUACCUUGACAGCAUGUCCAGUAAGCAGUGGAACAAAAGUCUGGCGAUGCUAAAUGUUAACACUCGUGUUAAACAUGACUUGGAUGUCAUGGUAGACAAAUAUUGCAGACUCUAUCCUGAGGAUGAUCCUGAAGCCGAGGCAGAGUCUGAGGAAGUGGCAGAGUCUGAGGCAGAGGCAGUGGCAGUGGCCGAGGCUGAGACAAAGUCUGAGGAAGUUGCAGAGGAAGACGCUGCGAUGAAAUGAAGCAGCAAAGAAGCCGAAUUUGGACUAAAAUGGAUGGUACAAAUAUGCCGUCACACAUCUUCUUUUGGUCGCUCAUUUGUGCUAGGGUGUACGCACGCCCGGAUGUCACUCUUAAUGAUUAUAAUGCAAAUAUUUUUGUGUUAAUUAGUGUCAUUUGCUUUUCAGUCCAUGAUCCCAGUAAAAAAAAAAAGUGUAGUAUCAGUGUAUGUGUUAAAAAUAAUGGUGUACAGCUAAAUCUUGCAUUGUCAAUAAGUAAGUACAUUUGGCAUAAAGAAAAUUUGGAAAUAAUUGAACAUUAUCUGAAGACUGAAGAAGAACGAAAAUGCUACACCACAAAAUGUCCAGAGUGAAGAGAACAAUGUAAAUAUUCCAAGUUCUGAUUCUUUGUCAGACUGUUGUUAUUAGAAUAGCCUCCUAUGUAAUGAUGCUGUGAUAUAAAGUAUCUUGCAGCUAUUUUUUUUUCUACAUCCUUUAUUUUAUCUGAUACAUUUGGUAUAUGAGUUUGCUCCACAAAUUACCUGCCAUGAAUGGCUCACUUGUAACAUUUCUUCAAUGUGUCUACAUGAUGAAGGCAAUUGGCCCUGUUCAUCUACAGUACAGCACAAGAGGGAGUAGUUAGUUACACCAAAAUAAGAUGUAGGCCUGAAUUCACGGCCAAUGGGGAAAAAAGCAUAUACAUGUGUGUACAUAUUUUUGGAUUGUUACAAAGGCCAGUAUGUGUAUGUCAUUUAUGUUCAUAUCGAAACGGUGCCCUUUUGGAUGCCACAUGUUGGAUGUUCAAUAACUUGUCAGGUAUCACAUACUUUCACAAUGUUAUUUCUUCUGUUUGGUUUAAUAAAAUAAUGUGUACAUAAUUCAAAA